AUGUUGCCUCUAGAGGAGCAAAUAGAGGCUAAAAAGAGGGAAUUGGAAGCCCUUAAAAAGAUAACUGCUCUAACUGAUGAUAUGAAAUUACAGCUUGACGAAUUGGCAGGCCAGGUUCGUCAGAUGAAUUCAAACGCCACAUCGGUUUCGAGAGUCAUGGAGAACUGGAAUUCUAUAUCAAGAUCUAUAUCUUUGGCUGGGUUGAGCCUCUUACAAUACGCUGAAGGCGAUUACGAAGUUGGUGCAUGGAAAAAAGAUAAGAAUAAUAAUAAUAGUAAUAAUAAUAAGCAAGAUGAAGAAGAACCAGAAGAUGGACACGGCCCAUUACCAGAAACUUUAGUGAGGAUACGCAUGGAUGAUGAGAAUUAA